GUGCCAUUUUCCAUAACUGCUGUAUCAAUAUGAUGGAGGGGAAGGGAAAGGUGGACACUAAUGCCAUGGAGAUUAAGACUGUAAAUAUCAAAGAGGAGGACUGUGAAUGGGAACAUGUGCCCCAUAAACAGGAGUGUCUGAGUGUUAAGGAAGAGGAGUGUGAGCAGGGGACAGUGGCCAUUAAGGAAGAGGCAGAGGAGAAGCCUGCCAUCAUAGAGCAGUUCAAGAAAGAAGAUCUUCAUUCAGAGCCGGUUUGCCAGUCUGGAUGUGAAGAUGGAGGUGUGACGGGAUUAGUCUGCCCUCAGAGGAGAAACUGUGUAGCUCAGGAGUGUUCUGCUAGUGUGAAGUCUGAGAUUUAUUCAGGCACAAAAACCAGUAAGAAAACAUCAAGGAGAAUACAAGAAUGUCAACCUUUAUCUACAAGUCCGAGUGGAGAAGAUACAGGAGUGGGUUGUGGCUUUCCCCUAUCGCUAUCUGCUCCAAAUUCUCUUCAAUACCAGGUACUGCAUAGUGAAAAUGCGAAGAAAUCGAGGUCUGGAUCAGAGAUUUUGACACCAGUGCAGUUGAGUUAUCUGCCUUUUGUGAAACAAAUACAAAUGCCUGCAAUUAACACUGAACAACAGGAGUACGGUACAAAUUCAGAGGCCUUGUAUGUCUGCGAUGAGCAAAAGAAAAGUUUUACAGGCAAAUCUGAACAAAAAAGUAAUCCCUUGAACUAUGCAAAGCAGAAGCCAUAUGGCUGCUCUGAAUGUGGGAAACAAUUUUCAAAAAAGGACCAUCUUCAGACCCACCAAAGAAUUCAUAAUGGAGAGAAACCCUAUGGGUGUUCUAAAUGUGGCGAAAGAUUCCGUUUUAAGAGCAGUUUUGACGGCCACAUGAAUAAUCACACUGGAAAGAAGCCAUAUUGUUGUUCCGAAUGUAGCAAACAGUUCUCUUACCGGAGCAGCCUAAACAUUCACAUGAGAAAUCACACUGGAGAGAAGCCAUUCGAAUGUUCUGAAUGUGGGAAGCGAUUCUCAAAAAGCAGCCACGUUCAGAUCCACAGCAGAAUGCACACCGGAGAGAAGCCAUUUGUCUGUAGUGAAUGUGGGAAACAGUUCUGCUAUAGGAGCAGUCUUUACACUCACAUGAGUAAGCACACUGGAAAAAAGCCUCACGCCUGUUUGGAAUGUGGGAAACGAUUUUUAAAAAGCAGCCAUCUGGAAAUCCACAACAGAGUUCAUACUGGAGAGAAGCUGUAUUGCUGUUCUGAGUGUGGCAAAAGAUUUGCAAACAUGAGUGGCCUUCAGACCCACACAAGAAUUCACACUGGAGAGAAGCCGUACCGCUGUACAGAAUGUGGGAAGGAAUUCUCACAGAAAGGUGCCCUUUGGAGGCAUGCAACAGUUCACACGGGAGAGAAGAUGUAUGCCUGUUCUGAGUGUGGCAAACGAUUUUCCAAUUCAAGCUCCUUUCACAAACACAAAAGAGUUCACACUGGAGAGAAGCCCUAUUCUUGUUCUGAAUGUGACAAACGGUUCUCUCAAAAGAGCCACCUCGAAAGUCACUUUCGACUUCACACCGGGGAGAAGCCCUACUGCUGCUCUGAAUGUGGCAAGCGAUUCACAAACAGUUACCAUCUGGCAACCCACAAAAGAAUUCACACUGGAGAGAAGCCAUACUGUUGUUCUGAAUGUGGAAAACAAUUCUCUAGCAGCAGUAGUCUUAACACCCACAUGAGGACUCACACUGAAGUGAAGCCCUACAACUGCUCCGAAUGUGGGAAAACAUUUUCAAAAAGAGACCAUCUUGAGACCCACACAAGAAUUCAUACUGGAGAGAAACCAUACUGCUGUUCUGAAUGUGGUAAGAGCUUCUCUGUCAGGGGCAAUCUUAACACCCACAUGAGGACUCACACUGGAGAGAAGCCAUAUUGGUGUUCGGAAUGUGGCAAAGGAUUCUGUGACCGAGGCAGUCUUAACACCCACACGAGGACUCACACUGGAGAGAAGCCAUAUUGCUGCACUGAAUGCGGGAAACAGUUUUCAAGGAGGAACCACCUUCAGACUCACAAAAGGAUUCACACUGGUGAGAAACCCUUUCCCUGUUCAGAAUGUGGCAAACAAUUUUCCAAAAGAGACCAUCUUGAGAUCCAUAAAAGAAUUCACACAGGCGAGAAGCCGUAUUCUUGCUCUGAAUGUGGAAAAAAAGUAUCACAAAUGAGCCAUCUCCAGACCCACAAAAGAAUCCAUACAGGAGAAAGACCCUAUUGUUGUUCUGUGUGUGGCAAGAGAUUCUCAACCAUGAGCCACCUUCAGACCCAUAUACGAAUUCAUACUGGAGAGAAACCAUACAGUUGUAUUGAAUGUGACAAAAGAUUCUCUGACAGGAGCAGUCUUAACAGCCACAAGAAAACUCACACUGGAGAGAAAUGGAAAUAGAAACAAUGGAAAACACAAUAAAUGCAGAUUCUGCCAGAUGGAGCUAGUGGCAAUAACUCAAUCUGGGUGCUGAUUGCAAGGUAGUAAUGGCUGAAAGUUUUACAUCCUGUAACAGAUGGGGGGCGUCACUGAGCCCCAAGCCUCGGAAACAACUGACACACAGACAGAACAGAUGCAUUUAUUACAAAAUAUCUCACAGCAAGUUUCUUUCAGGUCACACAUGCACCAUUAAACACAGUAGUCUUCUUCCUUGUCUCCUUCCAUCUCUUGUCUAUCCACUCACUGGAGAAUGUCAGAUGACUUCCUGUUUUGUCAGACCUGAGUGUAAUUUCGGUCCCAGGACAUAACCCGAAGGAAGCACUUCUGGGUUUGGGAGAAAUCCUGUAAAGUAGAGAUUGUGAAUCCCUGUAGCAUACCCAACUUCCAUGAACCCCAGCAGGGCUGACUCUCAGCACUACAAUUCCCAUCAUGCCCUGCAAAGGGGCAUGUGGUUACUGGGAUGCUGCCACCUAGUGAGUGGGGGAUGAAAAUAUCCAAAUUUAGGUGUUUUUCCCCCAUUGCUCCCUUAUAUUGUUCUCCCGUCUGGGAGAUUUCAGCUGGGAUGCCCGAUAAUCCUGCAUAGUACUUUCAAUCCAAAGAAACAGUAAACUUGCCUGAUUACUACUCAUUAAAAAAUGGCACAAAAAAAAA